AUGACGUCUCUCAUACUGGUCGGUUACACACACAGUCGGAGAAAUUCCUUGGUAUCAAGAAAAAGGCGAAUCGUCCCUGUCCCUUCUGUGGUUCAAGAGGCCAUGGAGCCAAGAAGUGUAAGACAGGUAGUGAGAUACAGGAGAGGGAUAAAGAUCGUUAUAAUCGCGAAAUGGCUGCUUGGAAGGUUAGAGAGACAACCUGGACAGAGGGGUUAG